AUGGGGAAAAUUUUACCGUUUUCCACCAACCUGGUGCGUAUUUUGGGCAGAAGAGAAAAGCUAGAAGACCCAACUGUCGGUGCCUCAACAGCAGCGGUGGAGGAGGAAGAAGACGGAGGAGAUGGGGAGAUCCGUUGCCAGCCCUCGCAGCAAGCCCUAGAUCGUGAGGUAAGGGCACAGGUCGAGGUUCUUGAGAGGACCUUCUCAUGGAGGGACUCUGAUCGCGCUGCCGCCAAGCGCGCCACCCAUGUCCUAGCUGAGCUUGCCAAGAACGAGGAGGUUGUUAAUGUUAUUGUAGAUGGUGGAGCAGUACCGGCGCUUGUGAAGCACCUGCAAGAGCCGCCGCCUCUGAUUAGGGACGGUAGUGCGGCUGAACAGCGGCCUUUCGAACAUGAGGUUGAGAAAGGGAGCGCUUUUGCUCUUGGGCUUCUUGCAGUCAAGCCUGAACAUCAACAGCUCAUAGUUGACGCUGGUGCUUUACCUCUUCUUGUAAGUCUCUUAGGAAGGCAUAAGAAGGGUUCUAUCUCUCGCUCAGUAAAUAGUGUUAUUCGAAGGGCUGCUGAUGCGAUAACCAACCUUGCUCAUGAGAAUAGCAAUAUCAAGAGCUUUGUCAGGAUUGAGGGUGGAAUUCCGCCCCUUGUUGAGUUACUAGAGUUUACAGAUGUCAAGGUACAGAGAGCUGCUGCAGGGGCCUUACGUACAUUGGCAUUUAAAAAUGAUGAAAACAAGAGCCAGAUAGUGGAAUUUAAUGCUCUUCCCACCUUGAUCCUCAUGCUCAGAUCUGAGGAUGCUGCUAUUCACUAUGAGGCAGUGGGUGUGAUUGGGAAUCUUGUCCACUCAUCUCCAAGCAUUAAGAAAGAAGUUCUUCUUGCAGGAGCUUUACAACCUGUUAUAGGAUUGCUUAGCUCCUGCUGUUCAGAAAGUCAAAGGGAGGCAGCUUUGUUAUUAGGGCAGUUCGCGGCGACUGAUUCGGAUUGCAAGGUUCACAUUGUGCAGAGAGGUGCGGUCCGACCUCUAAUUGAGAUGCUUCAGUCUCCGGAUAUACAACUUAAAGAGAUGUCUGCCUUUGCUCUUGGAAGAUUGGCUCAGGUUACUCACAACCAAGCUGGUAUUGCUUAUAAUGGAGGUCUGGUGCCUUUGCUAAAGCUACUUGACUCAAAGAAUGGUUCCCUACAGCAUAAUGCUGCAUUUGUUUCUCUAUUAUUGGCAGACAAUGAGGAUAACAUCUCGGAUUUUAUAAAGGUGGGAGGUAUUCAGAAAUUACAAGAGGGGGAGUUCAUUGUCCAGGCAACGAAGGAUUGUGUGGCGAAGACAUUGAAAAGAUUGGAGGAAAAGAUUCGUGGUCGUGUACUGAAGCAUUUACUAUAUUUGAUGCGUGUAGGAGAGAAAGCCAUUCAAAGACGUGUUGCCUUGGCUCUUGCUCACCUUUGUUUACCUGAUGAUCAAAAGUCUAUUUUUCUUGAUAACAAUGGGCUUGAGUUGCUACUUGGUCUUCUUGGGUCUACUAAUUUGAAACAGCAACUAGAUGGUGCUGCAGCACUAUAUAAAUUGGCUAACAAGGCCAUUACUCUCUCUCCCAUGGAUGCAGCCCCACCUUCGCCAACACCACAGGUAUUCUGGGGUGACCAGUAUGUCAACAAUUCCACGCUAUCUGAUGUAACUUUUCUAGUUGAAGGUAAGCGGUUCUAUGCGCACAGAAUCGCUUUGCUUGCUUCUUCCGAUGCAUUUCGUGCCAUGUUUGAUGGCGGAUACAGGGAGAAGGAUGCAAGAGAUAUAGAGAUUCCAAACAUAAAGUUGGAGGUGUUUGAGUUAAUGAUGAGGUUCAUUUACACAGGUUCAGUUAGUGUGACAAGGGAUAUUGCACAAGAUCUCCUCAGAGCGGCUGACCAGUAUCUCUUAGAGGGUCUUAAACGUCUAUGCGAAUAUUCUAUUGCUCAGGAUGUUACACUGGACAAUGUAGCCAACAUGUAUGAAUUGUCUGAGUCAUUCCAUGCCAUGUCAUUGAGGCAUACAUGCGUCUUAUUUAUCUUGGAGCACUUUGAGAAGCUGAACAAAAAACCUGGGCCUUCUCCUCUGACCCAAAGAAUAAUCCCUGAGAUUCGCAAUUUCUUCUCCAAAGCUUUGAGAUCUAAUCCAAGAAUUUACCGGCCAUAGAUGAUCAUUGCUCUGAUCCUUUCUUGCAGAAGACAUGCCUGGACUGUUGAGUGCUGUACAGUGUGCUGUUUCUUUCUUUUUACUUUAAUCCUGUUGAAUUAACUGGCAACUGAGUGAACAUGAAUUGAGGAUGAAACCACAUUAAAAUUUCAUCGUACCUUCGGGUGCUAAUCCUUGUGUCGGCAAGUCUGCCUUUGUAUCAGAUGUCAAAUGCAAGCUAUAAGAACUAAUGAAAUACUUAGGAUGUUUCUGCUAUGUUUUGCGUCAGCUUUUGUUGGAGGGUUCAAACUCAAGCUAUUAACAAAAUCCAACUGUGAUUAGUAGGAACUCGUGUUACUAUG